CGCGGGCUCUUAGCGAGGAGGAACUCAAACAUGACCAGGAAGAUCUUCACAAAUACCAGGGAGCGGUGGAGGCAGCAGAAUGUCAACAGCGCCUUUGCCAAGCUGAGGAAGCUCAUCCCCACUCACCCUCCAGACAAAAAGCUGAGCAAAAAUGAAACGCUUCGCCUAGCAAUGAGGUAUAUCAACUUCUUGGUCAAGGUCUUGGGGGAGCAAAGCCUGCAACAGACGGGAGUGCCUGCUCAGGGGAACAUUCUGGGGCUCUUCCCUCAAGGACCCCGCCUGCCAGGUCUGGAGGACAGGACUCCGCUUGAGAACUACCAGGUUCCUUCACCUGGCCCAAGCCACCACAUUCCUUAGUGUGGCUCUUGGCUAUCAUCUCCCAGGGCAGCACUUGCUCAGAAGUCACUGUCUGUGGACAGACUUUUGCAUGUUCCAGAGCUGACUUGAUGAUAACUUGUGAAGCAUGAAUUUUAGCUUCCUGGGAGGUGGCUCAGGCACAGCUGCAGGGAGCUGAAAGGAGCCAGGAGGAAUGUCACUUGUGAGCUGUCACCCCCCGAGAUGUCAGGUAGAGCCGCCUACCUCUGCCUAUUUUAAAUCCAGGUUCUGAAUAAGACUUUUGGAGAAAAAAUUCUAAG